UCAGGUUGUCAUUAUGAUCUGGUCGCUGGAGUGAAAGGGUGUUUUGAAAGGAAUUCAAUAUGGGAAUUAAAGGAUUAGCCAUGCUGAUAGCUGACUAUGCUCCUUCAGCGGUGAAGGAGAAUGAAAUGAAGAAUUAUUUUGGUAGGAAAAUUGCCAUCGAUGCUUCCAUGAGCAUCUAUCAGUUUCUAAUUGCGGUUCGUCAGCAAGGAGUUCAGUUAACGACAGCCGAUGGCGAGACAACGAGUCACCUCAUGGGAAUGUUCUAUCGCACAAUCCGCAUGGUUGAGAACGGCAUUAAACCAGUGUACGUCUUUGACGGCAAACCGCCGGAUAUGAAAGGUGGAGAAUUGGCGAAACGUCAAGAACGUCGCGAUGAAACGGAAAAAGCCUUGAAGGAAGCCGCAGAAGCCGGAAACGAAGAAGAAGUGAACAAACUCACUCGUCGCCUGGUUAAAGUCACCAAGCAACACAACGACGAGUGCAAGAAGUUGCUUACUCUGAUGGGUAUACCUUACAUCGAAGCACCCUGUGAAGCCGAAGCUCAGUGUGCGGCACUAGUUAAGGCCGGGAAAGUUUUCGCUGUAGCUACAGAAGAUAUGGACAGUCUCACGUUCGGAUCUAAUGUGAUGUUGAGGCACAUGACGUUUUCUGAAGCCCGGAAGAUGCCGAUCAAGGAGUUCCAUUUGGCCAAAGUUUUGGAUAGCCUGAACCUUAGCCAUGACGAGUUCAUAGAUUUAUGCAUCCUUCUUGGAUGUGAUUACUGCGGCUCGAUCCGUGGUGUUGGACCUAAGCGUGCCGUGGAGUUAAUCAAAGAGCACAGAAGUAUCGAGAAAAUUUUGGAGAUCAUUGACAAGCAAAAGUAUCCAGUUCCCGAAGAAUGGCCCUUUGCACGUGCCCGAGAAUUGUUCCAGCAACCAGAAGUAUCCGAUCCUGAAACUGUAUCUAUGAAGUGGCAAGAUCCGGAUAUCGAAGGUCUUGUUGAGUUCUUGGCGAAUGAAAAAUCCUUCGCUGAGGACCGCGUUCGUUCAGGAGCCAAAAAGUUGCUGAAAGGUCGGACUGGAUCCGUUCAACAACGAAUGGACUCGUUUUUCACGGUGGUUUCGACAUCAAAUAACGCAACCAAGCGAAAGGCUGAAGAAAUUCAGAAGAACAAGAAUGCGAAAAAACCUCGUGGAGGUGGUGGCGGUCGUGGAAGAAAACCCAAGUGA